GUUUUUUCCGGUGAAUAUCAUGUCGAGCUUCGAUAUUUAUCGGUACUAUUCUGCUCUUAGAAACCCGUUUUCGGUACAUCCAUCUUCAUUAGCACUUGCCUGCUUCCUGAUUCUUGUUACUCUUCUGAUAAUUCUUCUUCUGUCACAAAUUACAAAACGUUCACAUUCUUUCCGUUUUCUCAAUCGGAAAAACCUUCUAACACCGAAAUACUUUUGUCCAGAAGAAAACGUGGAUGAUAUUCUUUAUCCGUUUGCUGUAUCUUCCUUACAAGUACGUUCUGGAAAAGGGUUAUUCCCAGAAUUCACGCCCUUAUCAAGAAGAUCGUUAUUGUGCUAUAGGGAAAUUCAAUGAUGAUAGUGACAUUUCGUUUUAUGCAGUUUUUGAUGGCCACGGCGGGUCUUUCUGUUCCCAGUAUUAGUUGUGCAAUUGGUUUUACCACUUGGUUUUGUGCCGAACAUUUGCAUCACUCCAUCGCGAAGUCCAUCAACGACUCUCCCUACAAGAGCUCCCUUCCAAAGCGAUCCUCGUCCGACUCCUCACCCGCUCCCGGCAAAAUCCCUGCCAGCUUUCUUCGCGAGAUGGACAUAAUCAACGGCUUCCAGCUCUGCGAUCGCUCCUACCGCGACGUCUCCAUUCGAGACGACGGCUCCACGGUCGUGUCUGUUUUUCUCCACAAGGCACGGAGGCAGCUGAUCACCGCGCACGUCGGCGACGCGCGCGCCGCGCUCAUCUCCCUCCACGACUCCUUCAAUCUCACCGCGGACCACAAGCCGAGCAAUCCCAGCGAGAAGGAGCGCGUCGAGCUGCUCGGCGGACGCAUCAUCAACUACGGCGUGCUCCGCGUGCAGGGCGUCCUCGCGGUGACCCGCGCGCUGGGAGACUUCUCGCUGCGGCCGUUCGUGAGCAACGUGCCGACGGUGAGCUGCUUCGCGCUGCAGGGCGACGAGUGCUUCGUGGUGCUGGCGUCGGACGGGCUGUGGGACGUGCUGGAGCACGGAGAAGUGGCGGAGCUGCUGCGCGAAGGCGUGAGAGAGGGGAAGUCGCUGAAGGAGUGCGCGGAGAAACUGGCGGAGGAAGCGGUGCGGAGACGGUCGAUGGAUAAUAUCACGGUGAUGGUGGUGGAUCUGCGAGGCGAGGACUGCGCGUUUGGGAGGAAUGAGCGAGAUGGGAAAGAGAGCGAAGGCGAGAGUGAAAGUGAAAGUGAAAACGAAAGUGACAGCGAGAGUGAAAGUGAAAACGAAUGUGAUAGUGAAAGUCAGAGCGAUAGUGAAAGCGAUAGCGAUAAAGGAAAGGGAAAAAAGGAAAAGAAUGGCAAAAGGAAAACAAAGAGUCAAAAGAAGGAUGAGAGGGAACGAACGAAUAAAAGGAAGGAUGUUCCGAAGAAUCCGAAGGAAAAGACACAAAGAAAUAGCAAGAGCGGGAAGGAAGAGCGGUUGAAACUAUUUGAUCGGUUUUUGAAAGAGAGCAUUGAAGCGAUCGAGCAGACGAUUGAAAAGAUUGAGAGCUAAUUAGUUUACUUUU